CAAACUUUUUGGACCAAAGUGAAAGUUAGAGAAAGUGCGACUCCCGAAGAAAAUUCCCCCAGGCUAGGCUGCAGGACAGACAAAAUAAGGAGGCCCUAUCCCUGUACUCCUUGGACAAACAUUGAAGAUCUGAGCUGAUUGGAGGAGAACUUGUGAAACUUCAUCAUGGAUAAAAGUCAGAAGGAGGAGGCAUUGUGUGAUGCUGCAAAAAAUGGUGACACAGACAGAGUGAAGCAGCUGUUAGAGGAGGGAGUCAAUCCAAGUGCUGCUUGUGGCAUUUUGCAAAUGACUCCUCUGCACAAGGCCGCUGGGAAUGGCCACCAUGAAACUGUAUCAGCUUUACUGGCAGCUGGGGCAGAUGUGAAUGCACAGGAUGAUACGAAAUCAUCUCCCCUGCACCUGGCAGCUUGGAAAGGCCACCAUGAAACUGUAUCAGCUUUACUGACAGCUGGUGCAGGUGCGAAUGUGAAUAGAAAGGACAUUUGGCAAGAGACUCCCCUGCACCCGGCAGCUGAGAAUGGCCACCAUGAAACUGUAUCAGCUUUACUGGCAGCUGAUGCAGAUGUGAAUGCACAGGGGAGGCUGCAAAAAACUCCCCUGCACCUGGCAGCUGAGAAAGGCCACCAUGAAACUGUAUCAGCUUUACUGACAGCUGGUGCAGAUGUGAAUGCACAACAGGGGAGGCUGCAAAAAACUCCCCUGCACCUGGCAGCCUGGUAUGGCCACCAUGAAACUGUAUCAGCUUUACUGGCAGCUGGUGCAGAUGUGAAUGUACAGGAUAGUGAGCGAAGAACUCCCCUGCACCUGGCAGCUGUGAAGGACCACCAUGACACUGUAUCAGCUUUACUGACAGCUGGUGCGGAUGUUAAUGUACAGGACAAGUGGCAAAGAACUCCCCUGUACCUGGCAGCUGAGAAGGGCCACCAUGAAACUGUAUCAGCUUUACUGGCAGCUGGGGGAGAUGUGAAUGUACAGGACAAGUGGCAAGAGACUCCCCUGCACCUGGCAGCUGAGAACCAUGAAACCGUAUCAGCUUCACUGGCAGCUGGUGCGGAUGUUAAUGUACAGGACAAGUGGCAAAGAACUCCCCUGUACCCGGCAACUGAGAAUGGCCACCAUGAAACUGUAUCAGCUUUACUGACAGCAGGUGCAGAUGUGAACGUACAGGACAGGCGGGGAAGAUCCCUCCUAGACCUGGCAGCUGACAGAGGUGACCAUGAAACUGUAUCAGCUUUUCUGGCAGCUGGUGCAGAUGUUGAUGUACAGAGCGAGUGGCAAAGUAUCCCCUUGUACCUGGCAGCCAUAAGAGGCCACCAUGAAACUAUAUCAGCUUUACUUGCAGCUGGUGCAGAUGUGACUGUACAGGACAGGCAGCAAAGAACUGCUCUGCACCUGGCAGCUCAAAAAGGCCACCAUGAAACUGUAUCAGCUUUACUGGCAGCUGGUGCAGAUGUGAAUGUACAGGACAAGUGGCAAAGACCUCCCCUGUACCUGGCAGCUGAGAAUGGCCACCAUGAAACUGUAUCAGCUUUACUGGCAGCUGGUGCAGGUGUGAAUAUACAUGGGAGGCUGCAAAUAACUCCCCUGCACCUGGCAGUUUAUGAAGGCCACCAUGAAACUGUAUCAGUUUUACUGGCAGCUGGUGCAGAUGUGAAUGUACAGGACAGUCAGGGUUACACCCCCCUUCAUUAUGCGACUGAUCGCCAUCACUCCAAGUGUGUGGAAGUUCUGCUGCAGCACAAGGCUGAUAAGGACAAGAAAACGACUCCCCUGCACCUGGCAGCUGAGAAAGGCCACCCUGAAACUGUAUCAGCUUUACUGACAGCUGGUGCAGCUGGUGCAGAUUGUGCAGAUUGUAUCAGAGAAGCAUGUGAAGGGUUAUGUAGAGCAUAUUAAGUUACUCCAAAUCUGGAAGGCCAAGAGAGCUACUGUGGCACAAGAGAAGCGCAAUGAAUGUCAAGGGAAGUCAUAUGAAGAUUAUGACUGGGAAACUUUAUAUAAAGAAGGAUCGUUAGAAACUCUCCGUGUGGCUGAACUUGAAAAAUACUUGAGAAAACAUGAGCUACCCAUAAAAGGGAAAAAAGGACAGAAAGCUGAUUUUGUUCGGGCACACAUAGGUAAAACUGUUUGCUCCCGGCUAUUGUUGAGUAAUGAUGUAUCAGAUGAAGGUGGCGAUGUAUCAGAUGAAAGUGACAAUGAUGAUGUAUCCUCUUCAGAUAAUGAUAGCUCGGAUGAAGAUGAAGUUCUGUUUCAUAUAGGUGCAAAUGAUGGUGAUAGUGAUACUAAUGCAGAUGAGGUCCAGGAUUAUGUGGGGGCAGGAACAGAUGAAGUUGUGACCCUAUCUCGGUUUGGAAGGAGAAGGCAGAAGAAAGCUGUACACCCAGAUUUCAUUUGCUGGUGACAGCAGUGAUAGGACAGCAGAAAGCUGUAAAUACUGACUUGAUUUUUUGUAAAGCUGUAAACCAAGAUUACAUUCUAUGGUGACAGCAGUGAUAGGACAGAAGAAAGUUGUAAUUACUGAUUUGAUUGUUUUGCAAUACAAUAAAGAUACUACUAGAGAUGUCA